UCCCUCACGGGCUCACACUGACUCCCUUCCAGCAGUUGUGUAGCGCUUUUAAUGUUGAUUUUAUUUACACGCGUAAUUCAAUUAUUCUCCGGUAACUACUGAAACAAACUACAACUCCAACGGUCUAAUUCUACGGUGUUUCCUACUCUGUAGUAUCGUUUCGCUGCGUCCACCUCGAUCUCUCCGACGGUACCUGAAGGCAGCAGCAGGAGCUCAUCUGUUGGACACGGGGAAACUAAUCAGGAGCCGAAGUAAAGACUUUUCCGUCCUGUUCGCUACGAGGCUGGCGAACCCCAUAAAGUCAUCCGCCCGAGGAAUACACACUUUAAUGCUUUUUAUGAAGUACGCCGUCUCUUCUGUACAGUUCACACCACUCGAGACCAUGUUUUAGGACCGUUGGGGCUGAAAGUAGCGAGGCGGACCGGGGACCGCCAGUUGGCCAGCCAACCGCCAGUUGGGCAGCCGAGGCUCGCGCGCUAGCUCACUGACGUUAGCCUGGGGAGCGGAGCGCGAGCAGCAGCAACAAUGGAGCUGGGCGACGCGGUCCUGUACCAGGACGACUGCGGCAGCGCCAGCGUCAUGUCCGAGCGGGUCUCCGGGCUGGCCGGCUCCAUCUACCGAGAGUUCGAGCGGCUCAUCGAGCGCUACGGCGAGGACGUGGUGAAGGCGCUGAUGCCGCUGGUGGUCGCCGUGCUGGAGAACCUGGACUCGGUGUUCGCCGUCAACCAGGAGCACGAAGUGGAGCUCGAGCUGCUGCGCGAGGACAACGAGCAGCUCGUGACCCAGUACGCGCGCGAGAAGGCGCUGAGGAAGCACACGGAGGAGACGUACAUCGCCUUGGAGGACGCCCAGGACGGCGAGAAGAAGGAUCUCCAGUGUCGACUGACGGUGCUGGAGUCGCACACGCGUCAGCUGGAGCUGAAGACGAAGAACUAUGCGUAUCAGAUUGGCAGAUUGGACGAGAGGGAGGCGGAGCUCAAGAAGGAGUAUCACGGCCUCCACCAGAGGCACACUGAGAUGAUCCACAGCUACAUGGAGCACCUGGAGCGGACCAAGCACCAACACGCCGCCACCGCAGCAGAGAACCCGGAGGCCGGGGUGCCGGUCAGAACGCGAAAGGAGCGUCCCAUCUCCAUGGGCGUCUUCCAGCUUCCCGGGACUGAUGGCGUGACCUCUGAUCUCCUGAAGGAACCUGUGGACGCCUCUUCUGAGCCGUGGCGAUUCAACAACGUCGGCCACCCGCGGUCCAACGCCAGCCUCAAGUUUGAGGAACACUCCUCCCCAGUCAGGGUGGAAGGUUCGGAUCGAGAGGCUGAUGGGGACCAGGAUGAAAUGUCCAGUUUCAGCCGCGCAGGCUCCAAGUCCAGGACUCCAACCAAACAGGGAAACGUCUCCAAAGCGGGUACCCCUCAGGGUGGAUGGUCCAGAUCCAACAGGGCCACGCCCUCCCAGGGGGCCACCUCGCAAUCCAACACCCAACCUUCUGCACACGGCGCGAACUCUCAGGCCACCGAGCCGCUAUCGCCCUGUGGUGGAGCGUCCGCGGGAAUGAGUCCGCCGUCCGUCCUGGGCGGAGGAGGGCCUGCCUCCGUCACCGCCUCUGUGACCGCCCCGUCCACCGCGGCCGGCGACGUUGCCGCAGGGUCUACGGAACAGGAAGUUUCCGGGCUCAACAGGAAGCUGGACCAGAGCGGAGGGAAGCAGGAGAGAAGUCAAAACAUAGCGGCGGCGCAGGAGGGACAGCAGAGUCAGCUCGGACCCGACGAUGAAGCGGAGAACCGGGAGAAGUCUGAGGUGCAGGCCAUCAUCGAGUCCACCCCUGAGCUGGAUAUGGACCUCGAUGGUUUCAGAGGAGCAAGCACGCCAACAAAAGGCGGCAUAGAGAACCUCGCGUUCGACCGCAACACCGACUCUCUGUUCGCCGAGCUGUCCUCCGCGGGCGACGACCUGAUCGGAGACGUGGACGACGGAGCCGACAUGCUGGAGGAGUUUUCUGGUAUGGGUCGGGAGGUGGAACACCUCAUCCAUGAGAACGCCCAGCUGCUGGAGACCAAAAAUGCUCUGAACGUGGUGAAAAACGACCUGAUCGCCCAGAUGGACGAGCUGGCGUGUGAGCAGGAGGUGCUGCGCAGCGAGCUGGAGGCCGUCACGCUGGCCAAGUCCAGACUGGAGGACAAGAACAGAGAACUGGAGGACGACCUCAAGAAGAUGCGAGCGGAGUUGGAGGACGCCACACACAAGGUCAAGAACGACAAUGAGGACGACAGCGACGUGCCGACGGCCCAGAGGAAGCGCUUCACCAGGGUGGAGAUGGCCAGGGUCCUGAUGGAGAGGAACCAGUACAAGGAGAGGCUGAUGGAGCUGCAGGAGGCCGUCAGGUGGACGGAGAUGAUCCGGGCGUCGAAGGAGAACCCGGCUCUUCCAGAGAAGAAGAAGUCCAGCAUGUGGCAGUUUUUCAGCCGUUUGUUCAGCUCGUCGGGCGCGGCGCCCAAGAAGCCGUCGUUGGAGGCGCCGGUGAACGUCAAGUACAACGUGCCCACCGCUCACCUCCAGCCGUCCGUGAAGAAGAGGAGCGGCACGCUGCAGCAGCUGCCAAGCGACAAGAGCAAAGCCUUCGAUUUCCUCAAUGAGGAAGUGGCCGCCGACAACGUGGUGUCCAGGCGGGAGCAGAAGCGGGCCCAGUACCAGCAGGUCAAGGCCCACGUCCAGAAGGAGGACGGCAGGGUGCAGGCGUACGGCUGGAGUCUGCCCAAGAAAUACAAAUCCAACGGAGGUCAGACGGAGAGUAAGGUGAAGAACCUGCCUGUUCCCAUCUUCCUCAGGCCUCUGGAUGAGAAAGAUGCUUCCAUGAAGCUGUGGUGCGCUGCCGGCGUGAACCUCUCCGGAGGGAAGACCAGAGACGGAGGCUCCAUCGUCGGGGCCAGCGUGUUCUACAACGACGUGCCGGGACCAGAGAGCCCCAAGAAGAAAACAGGAUCUCAGAGCAGCCUGGACAAACUGGAUCAAGACCUCAAGGAGCAGCAGAAGGAGCUGCGGCAGCACGACGAGAUGUCGUCGCUGGUCUGGAUCUGCACCAGCACCGAGUCCACCACCAAGGCCGUGGUCGUCGACGCCAACCAGGCCGGAAACAUCCUGGAGGGCUUCUUUGUGUGCGACUCCCACGUCCUCUGCAUCGCCAGUGUUCCAGGCGCGAGAGAGACGGACUACCCGGCCGGCGAGGAAGUGGCUCCGAGCGCCGAGGCGGGACCGGCCGAGGACGGCAGCUCGCCGUCGGCCGAGAGCAUCGUGGUGUGCGGCGGCGGCGUGCUCGGGGGCAUCACCGUCGUGGGCUGCGACGCCGAGGGAGCGGCGGCCGUUCCUCAGACGGCAGUCGGUCUGGGAGAAGACGGAGAACGUGCAUCCCGACCAGCGGAGGAAGCCACGGAGGCGACGGAGGCGACGGAGGCCAGCGCGGGGCCCGCUGACCAGCGAGAGAGCCUGAGGGGCGUCUACACCGAACACGUGUUCACCGACCCGCUGAGGGCCCAGCCGACGGCAGAGGCUCCGGCCAACUACUCUCAGAGGGAGAGCGACCUGUUGAAAGACGGCGUGAGCUCCGACCCCGACGCGGAGCAGCAGGACCUGAUGCGGGAGGAGGCUCAGAAGAUGAGCAGCGUGCUGCCCACCAUGUGGCUCGGGGCGCAGAACGGAUGCGUGUACGUCCACUCCUCCGUGGCCCAGUGGAAGAAGUGUCUGCAUUCCAUAAAGCUGAAGGACUCGGUGCUCGGCAUCGUGCACGUGAAAGGUCGCGUCCUGGUGGGUCUCGCCGACGGCACUUUGGCCAUUUUCCACCGAGGAGUGGACGGCCAGUGGGAUCUGACCAACUACCACCUCUUGGACCUGGGCCGGCCCCACCACGCCGUCCGCUGCAUGACGAUAGUGCACGACAAGGUGUGGUGCGGCUACCGGAACAAGAUCCACGUGGUGCAGCCCAAAGCCAUGAAGAUAGAGAAGUCGUUUGACGCCCACCCUCGUAAGGACAGCCAGGUGCGUCAGCUGGCCUGGGACGGCGACGGCAUCUGGGUGUCCAUCCGGCUGGACUCCACUCUCCGGCUGUUCCACGCUCACACCUUCCAGCACCUCCAGGACGUGGACAUCGAGCCCUACGUCAGCAAGAUGCUCGGUACGGGGAAACUCGGCUUCUCAUUUGUGAGGAUCACAGCGCUCAUGGUGUCGAGUAACCGCCUGUGGAUCGGCACCGGAAACGGAGUCAUCCUCUCCAUCCCUUUAACGGAGAUCUCUCUCUCUAGCGGCGAACAAGGUCACCAAGGCGGCGGCGAGCGACCUUCCAGGAGGCGUGGUGCGCGUCUACGGCGACGACCGCAGCGACAAAGUGACGGCCGGGACGUUCGUGCCGUACUGCUCCAUGGCUCACGCCCAGCUCUGCUUCCACGGUCACAGGGACGCCGUCAAGUUCUUCACCGCCGUGCCAGGUCACGCAGUUCCACCCGCGUCCUGCGGGGGCGAGGCGCCGGGCGACAAGGCGCCGGACGGAGCCAAGUCCGUGCUGGUGAUGAGCGGCGGCGAGGGCUACAUCGACUUCAGGAUGGGCGACGAGGACGGCGAGGCGGAGGAGGGCGAGCAGCCGCCCGUGAAGCUGCAGCCCUCGCCGGGUAAAGCCGAGCGCAGCCACCUCAUCGUCUGGCAGGUCCUCGGCAGCGAGGACUGAACUCUGGACUUCGGGACCUCGAGGCCCGAUUUGCCUUCUCAAACCGGCGGUUCCCGUGACGACGGCGCUCUGCAGAUGAGACUUGAAUCAGCACUUUUUUUCUCUCUCGUCAUCCUGAACAAUACGAGUGAAAUGAGCACAAACUGCUGCCACCGCGUCCUCGUGGUGGAGCAGACGCACUCAAACUGCACGCCAUUUGUUUUAUUGGUUUGGGUUUUCGUUUAUUCUUUCCUUUUUAAAUAUAUAUAGAUAGAUAUAUGAGGUAUAAUAUUAUUUGAGGUAAAGCUGUUCUUGGAAACAGAACCCGUUGUUAUAUAUUCAGCAGAUUUAAUGAGUUUUCAUCCCCUAACUCAAGCAGAAUAAUCAGAUGUGAGCUCCUGUUGCCUCUGAGGAGACGAUCACGUGGACUUCUGGAUGAAUCGUGUCUCCUGUUGGUUUUUUGGGGGUUCUCUCAUCCUUUUGAUGACUUGGCUUUUGAUUGUAUGCAAGACAAAGUGAAUAGAUUGCCGGUCGUCUCCUGGUCGGGACUUCAAGUCAAAUGCUUCAUCGGCUUCAUCAGCGUCAUCCGGUUGGCGCGUGUGUUCAGCAGGAGUUGGCUCCGCCUCCAGCUCAAUAUUCAAGCUGCUCGUGCCUCUCAUGCGCGCUUCACUGUUUGCAUUCCAGUCACAGAGCAAAUCAUCCAGUAUUCUGAAACGUGUUCUGGUUUUAAAACCCGGCAGCCCACUAACUCUUCGUACGAUGACGGUCCCAGAACCGAAAGCACACGCUAGCAGCACGGCGCCAUGUUGAGAGCCAUUUAGAGGCAAUCAAAAUGCCGCCGGUCUCGUUUCGUCGCACCUUUUUCACCCUCUUUGACUUCUCAUCAUCGGGUCAACAUUGUUACGUGUGUCAAAUACUUUUGUUUACGACCAAAUAGCUGCACGAGUAUAAUUCCCGUCGGCCUCAGCUCAACACUUUGCGCUUAGCACGUUGGCUAACACGCUAACCCGAGACGGUGACCUCAUCACUCAGCUGUAAUUAUCCUUCUGAGACUCUGUGACUGGAAUGUAGUGACAAAACAUUAGAGGUUCAACUGGAGCCGCAGUCACUCCGCUGCAUCUCCCAGCAUGCCGCGCUGUAACGCCGCCUUCCUUGACGUUAGUUUUGGCCGCAAUGCCGAUUUAAAUACGGACUUGUAUUUAAUCCAAGAGGUCACGAGGUCGCUCAGCUCGGAGACGCUUUGAUCACAAGUAUCAGGGCCGGAGAAGACGAAGUCCUCCGUGACUGAAGUAUUUAUUGUUCCUUGAAAGAAUGUCGCUGCGCGACCAAAGUGUGAAGAAGUAAAGGCGGCUGGUUUUCCCACGUGCUGCAACGAUAACCAGCGCCCCGCCCCGUAUGGAGCAGCGUGCUCGUGGUUCUGUCUCCGGGCGGAUGAAACGCUUUUGUAUCCCGAAAUAUAGAUGAGAUAUAUUUUUAGACUUUCAUAUUUUGGAAUUGACGCACUUGCAGGGAUCGUGAGAGAAGAGCUGGACCCGUUACGAGAGGAGAGGACAAGCCCCCCCCACACACACACACACACACACACACACACACACACACCCUAUUGAUCCUUAUCUCGACAUUUAGUCAGAUUGUAACUUUGAACUUUUUGGUUUGGCGGCGUCGCCCCUUCAUGUUAAUCUGAAGUUUUCCUGUUUUAUAAGUUUAUAAGUUCAUCCUGAUGGAAAACCCAUGUUUUAAUUCUAUUUUUAUGAACUUUUCAAUUGUUUUAUGUUCGUCUGUUAGACUGGUGUGUGAAAUAUGUGAUUGCAUUUUAGCCAUUUCAGUAUUUAUUUACAAUGAUUGAGCCUUUGCAAUUCAGCAUGAAUCUUUGUACAUUGAAAAUUAAUAUAUAUACAUAUAUAUAUAUGUGUAUAUAUAUAUAUGGGUCAUGAUGGCUUGGGUUUAUUGUUUUGAAUCGUAUGUAUUUCUCUCGUGGGGUGUCUCACUCGGCUAUGCACUGUUUGUGGUUUUGCUUCAGGAUGUUUUUGUGUAUUUAAAGCAGCCGCCGUCCACAGACCUGCCUCUCUCUCCUCCUCAGCCCCUCUGCAUGUGUGUGUUUGAGGUCCACACACACACACACACACACAUCACGUUGUACUUCUUCGGCAUCGCCGGCCUUACGUAUUUCUAAUGGUCACAAUAAAGCAACUUUUGUGGCAAAG